AUGGCUAUUGACAAGAAGUCUCCGGAAGCACUGCAGUAUCUGACAUCGCUGCUUUCAACAUUAGAAAAUAUGAAGAAAAAUCUAGUUGGUCAGGAAGCACUGUCUCAGGAUAUGGUAGCACAGGCACAUAUCGAAAAUUUUGCUAUGAAGCUGUUCGAGUAUGCCGACAAAAAUGAUCGCCAAUCGAAUUUCACAAAGGGUGUUAUUAAAGCAUUUUAUACAGCGGGGCAUUUGAUUGAUGUCCUUACACUUUUUGGUGAACUUGAUGAAAACCUUACUGCAACCAGAAAGUACGCGAAAUGGAAGGCAACUUAUAUACAUAAUUGCUUAAAAAAUGGUGAGACACCAAAACCUGGACCAGCUGGUAGUGGUGGUGAUCCCGCAGCUGCAUCGGGAGGAACACCAUCAUCAGAUCAUUACAACCGUCCUGCGCAGCCACACGUUCCACCAAACGUACCUCAGGAAAAGCCGUUUACUCCUCCACGUGUAUGUCCUGAGCGACCGCCAGCAGGAGGAAUGGCUGAAACUUUUGAAACGGCUGGAGGACCAUCAGCGGAAAGUACAUCAAGUGAUACUACUGGUUUGACAGUCACCGACUUUUUGGAGGCCCAAAAAUAUGCGAAAUAUGCUGUGAGUGCACUGAGCUAUGAGGAUGCGAAAACAGCCAUUGAGUGCAUGACGAAAGCACUUGAAAUCCUCAAGAAACAAUGA